AUGUCUCCAGCCCUCGGCUGCCUGCUGCUGCUGCUCCUGGCGGGCUGCCUGGGAUGCCAGCACCACGCCUGCCGCUGCCUGGGCAGGGUCUUCAUCUGCCAGGAGAGCCGGGUGCUCCAGGUUCCCCGGGACAUCCCUGCCAACACCACCGAGCUGAGAUUUGUCCUCACCAAGAUGAGAGUCAUUCCCAAAGGAGCUUUCACAGGACUUGUUGACCUAGAGAAAAUAGAGAUCUCACAGAAUGAUGCCUUGGAGGUCAUAGAAGCAAAUGUGUUUUCCAACCUUCCCAAACUACAUGAAAUAAGAAUUGAGAAAGCCAACAACCUCGUGUACAUCGAUAAAGAUGCCUUCCAACACCUUCCAAGCCUCAGAUAUUUGUUAAUAUCAAACACUGGCCUUCGGUUUUUACCUGUUGUCCACAAGGUUCACUCUUUCCAGAAAGUUUUGCUAGAUAUUCAAGACAAUAUCAAUAUACGUACAAUUGAAAGAAAUUCAUUCAUGGGCCUGAGUUCUGAAAGUGUGAUUCUAUGGCUCAAUAAAAAUGGAAUUCAAGACAUCGAGGAUCAUGCAUUUAAUGGAACAUACCUGGAUGAGCUAAAUGUAAGUGAUAAUCACAACCUAGAAAAAUUACCAAAUGAGGUCUUCCAGGGAGCCAAUGGACCCAUUGUUUUGGAUAUUUCCAGCACGAAAAUCAGUUUCCUGCCAAGUCAUGGAUUAGAACUCAUUAAGAAGCUAAGAGCAAGGUCUACAUACAAUUUAAAAAAGCUUCCUGACUUAAGCAAAUUUAGAUCUUUGAUUGAGGCAAACUUCACCUAUCCUAGCCAUUGCUGUGCAUUUACAAACUGGAAAAGACAAAAGACCGAAUUACAUCCGAUAUGUAGCAUAUCUCAGGUGAAGCAAGACUUUGAGGAGAAGCCUGGCAAAAAACUACGGAGAAGGUCUGCAGCAGAAGAUUUUAUUUCCAACUAUGGCAUAGGAUUUGACCCAGCAGAGAAUGAAUUUGACUAUGGUUUAUGCAAUGAAGUAGUUAAUGUAGCCUGCUCUCCUAAACCUGAUGCUUUCAACCCAUGUGAAGAUAUCAUGGGAUACAACAUUCUGAGAGUCCUGAUAUGGUUCAUCAACAUUUUAGCUAUUACUGGGAACACUGUUGUCCUCAUUAUUUUAAUAAGCAGUCAAUACAAACUCACUGUUCCUCGCUUUCUAAUGUGCAAUCUUGCCUUUGCAGACCUCUGCAUAGGGAUCUACCUGCUGUUUAUUGCCUCUGUAGACAUCCAGACCAAAAGCCAGUACUACAACUAUGCCAUAGACUGGCAGACUGGGGCAGGAUGCAAUGCUGCAGGAUUUUUCACAGUGUUUGCAAGCGAGCUCUCAGUCUACACGCUGACAGUGAUCACCCUGGAGCGAUGGCACACCAUCACCUACGCCAUGCAGCUGCACCGCAAGGUGCGGCUGCGGCACGCCGUGAUCGUCAUGAUUUUUGGCUGGGUGUUUGCCUUCACAGUAGCGCUCCUUCCCAUAUUUGGGGUCAGCAGCUACAUGAAGGUCAGCAUCUGUCUGCCCAUGGAUAUAGAAACACCGUUUGCCCAGGCUUACGUUAUGUUUCUCUUAGUGCUGAAUGUGCUGGCGUUCGUCGUUAUUUGCGUCUGCUACACCUGCAUCUACUUCACCGUGCGCAACCCCAACGUGGUCUCCUCCAACAGCGACACCAAGAUUGCCAAGCGCAUGGCCAUACUGAUCUUCACCGACUUCCUCUGCAUGGCACCAAUCUCUUUCUUUGCCAUUUCAGCCUCACUCAAGGUUCCUCUCAUCACCGUGUCCAACUCCAAGAUCCUCCUGGUUUUGUUUUACCCCAUCAACUCCUGCGCUAACCCUUUCCUCUACGCCAUUUUCACCAAGACUUUCCGCAGGGAUUUCUUCAUUCUCUUGAGCAAGUUUGGUUGUUGUGAAAUGCAAGCCCAGAUUUACAGAACAGAGAUCUCCUCGUCUGCUCAUACUUUCCACACAAGAAAUGGCCAUUGCCCUCCUGCAUCAAAAAACGGUGAUGGCAAUAUUUAUUCUUUGGUUCCCCUGAACCACUUGAACUGAAAUGCUUGCAUAAAUUUCUGUCUGAGGCAGUGUGCUAAUCACUUGCAAGUUUGUGAAUUUGAGUAAUGACUUCAGCAUAACAUGCAAACUUAUUUUUUAUGAAAAGAAAAUUCUUUCCAAUUCCCUAUUUUUGUUCAAUGAACAAACAUCAGAGAUGACAUAUCAUCUUUAUCAGUUCUUGAAGAACAAAGUGCCAAAGUGUUCAUGUAGAACUGUCUCAAGAAAUAAAUGAGAUCAUAAACUGGUAUCUCCCACCAUGAAGGCAGAGAUUCCCUUCAUACUAGGGAGAUGUUAGUUGCUUAUUGAGAAUUAAAUAGUGGUUAUAU